AACGGACAACGCGUGAAUUUUCCCGCGCUUGCCACACGCGCGCGCGUCACCCUCGCUGGGUUGUGGGCGGGGCCUUGACAAUAGGAAAAUAGAAAUCCUUCGGUUCUCAAAGUCACUUGAGAGAGUGAGAAGGAUUGGGGCAGCGCUCCGUCUCACACGCGUCGUCUCGGCUGCAGGGAACACCUCCGUCGCCUUAUACAGAUGAUCUACGGAAGGAGAUGACAAUAAACACAAUGGAAUCCAACCCUCCAUCACGAAUUCAGCAAUAUAUUACCACGGCAUCGGCAACCAUGGGAGCCUUGGCCCUUGGGUCAGUUAUAGGCUUCACCACGCAUUGUGUCGCCCAACUGACCGCGGAAGACACGCCCACCUCGAGUUCCGACCUGCGCAUAACCCCGCCCGAAGCCAGUUGGUUCGCAUCGUCUGCUAACUUGGGGGCGGUUGUAGGAGGUCUGAUUGGCGGAUUGGCAGCCAAUCACAUCGGUAGACGUGGCACACUCCUUGUCGUGGCUCCGCCCUUCAUCGCGGGCUGGUUGAUGAUUGCCUUAGCCUACGAUUUCGCUCUCUUGAUGGCCGGCCGCGUAUUGACUGGGGUCUGUAUGGGGAUUGUGUGUUCCGUUGCCCCUCCUUAUAUAGGGGAGUUUGCAUCAGCUAAUAUACGGGGUGCUUUGGGCAGUUGUUUUCAAGUGAUGUUGACAACAGGAAUCCUCUAUGCUUUCUUCUUGGGUGCUGUGGUUGGCAAUUGGAGAUUACAAGCAUUCUUAUGCAUGCUUCCACCAGGUAAUUCUGGAGAUAUGACAUGCCAAAUGAACUUUGUUCGAGUCAGAAAAUUUCAUGUACCCGUUUCUGUAACCGAAAAGGUUACCUGUAUUAAAGGUUUCGUUGGAAAUGUCUGCAAGAAAACCCGGUUUUACAACCACAUUUGGCGAGCUCUUGGCAAGUCUUGGCUGUUGGAGAGUUGGCCGUCCAGAAGACUAGCCAUUCCUUGCCAACCUUCUGCUAUUCCCAGUCUGCAGGGUCCUCUGUUUCUGGCUGACACAGGAUUACCUGGGGCCACACACAGCCAGGCAGCACAUCUGGUUAGCAGAUGUGCUGAUCUGUCUUACAUUGGGAUGGCAAACUUCUCUAGGUCACAAUCCUCCUCUGUGGGAAGAGCGGCGGAGACACUUAGUGCUAAGACAUGUGUGAUUUCCCUUGAUCAUAAUGGAUUAGAUACCGUGUUCUGCUGCAUAUCUGACGUGGACGAAAGUGCAGCUGCCCGCCUCCUCGUAAGAGCAUUAUUGUUUAUCUUUAUAUUCAAUUUUGGUAUAUUUAUGGGGCAUAAAUUAGAUGUAUUUCGAGUUAUAAAAAAAUGGGGUGGACAUCCUGGAUUUUGGGGCCGCAAUCUUGAAAUUUUGCAUGAAAAAUUUUCAUUUUAUUUCUCAGGGAAGAACUACAGCAUUCAGGAUGAGAUGAAAGUCCUGAAGGAAUCCCUCGAAGACGCCCAGAGAAAUAGCUUCUCCCUGAAGGAUCUGAAGCAGUCUUACGUCCUGAAACCUCUCUUCAUAUCUUUGCUCCUCAUGUUCUUUCAGCAGACUACAGGCGUUCCGGCCGUGAUGUUUAACCUCACUACCGUGUUCAGGGCAUCAGGUAGUGCUCUGUCAGACGACAUGAGUGUUAUCAUCAUCGGCAUAGUUCAGGUCCUUGCCACGGGCGGCGGUAGUGUGCUGGUGGACAGAGCUGGGAGGAAAAAAUUACUUAUUAUAUCGGCCGCUGUCAUGGCUGUGUCGAUUGUCGGAAUGGGAAGAUUUUCCUACGCCAACAGCAUAUCCUCCCCUCAGCCCAACGCGCCCCCAGCGUCUGUGUCCGCCAUUGGGGUCAUUCCUCUGGUCCUUCUGAUUGUAUUCGUCAGCGCCUUCUCCAUCGGCCUGGGUCCCGUGCCGUGGCUUAUGAUGGGUGAACUUUUCCCCUCGAACGUGAGAGAAACGGCAGCGAGUUUAUCCACAGCCUGUAACUGGAUUUCGGCUUUCCUGAUUACACUUAUUUUUUAUCCGAUGACUACCUCCCUCGGCGAACACGGCACCUACUGGGUGUUCGGCGCCAUCUGCGCCCUGGCCUUGAUCUUCUCCGCGUGCUUUGUGCCGGAGACGAAAGGCAAGACGCUACUGCAGAUCUCCGCCUAUUUUGGAGCUCCUGGUGGGGUGGUGGACGAAGGCGAGGGACGGGCAGGUGAAGGGGUUAUGGAGAAGGCAGUAUGAGUGUUAGUGUGUGUGUUUCGUUUGAUUGUUAAUAUGGUGAAUUUGUAUGCGUUUUAUUUUUCUUUCUUUUUUAUUUUUUUCUGUUUUUUCUUUCGGUCACUGUCUGUCUGUCUGAAUUGAUUCUAUUUUUCGUCUCUGAGUCUUUCUCUUCUCUUUUUCUCUCUCUUAGUCUCUCUCUCUCUCUCGCUCUCUUUGUCUCUUUCUCUUUUCUCUCUUUUUCUCUCUCUCUUUUUCUCUUUCUCUCUCUGUCUCUGUCUCUCUCUUCUGCCUCAGCUUUUCUCAAGAACAUUCCUCAUUUUCUCCCUUUCUAUGGCUACAAUUAUCUAUUGAUAUUUAAUUUGCGAAAAAGAAAAUGAAAUGAGAAGCACUCCAUUUGUUUUCAGGAUUUUUAUUUUUCGUACUUCAGUUGUAUUUAAUAAAACCUUUUAUUUUUUAAAAUAUGAAUUUGAAUGUGAUUCAUUCUAUACGUUUUUUUUUAAAUAAUUUCCCUUACAAAACAAUUCCUAUAAUUAAUGUACAAACUGUUGUCUCAUAUUUCAAUAAACGUAUUUUGUGU